AACAGUGCAUCAAGACAAUGGACGUCACGUCAAACGUCAUUUAAACCAUUUUUGAAGUUUUCCAUCCAAUUUUUCAAUUUCAUCAAAAAAUUUUUUUGUGUGAAUAUAUUGUGUGAUGGUGAUUUAAUUGCUCCUCCUGAAGAAAAAAUCUAUUUAAAAUUAUCAUUCUUUUUAAAAUUAUAAAUAUUUGCCAUGGCCGAUUCGACAACAACAAAUUCAGCCCCACCGCAACAAGGGGGCCCCAAUUUUAAUGCCCUAAAGGAGCACUUUAUAGCCCAUAAAAUAGACUGCGGUCUUUGGGCGAUUCGCCUGCUAGUUUUCCUGUUUUCCUUUGGAUAUUUUAUCCCAAUUUUCGGACAAGCUCAAAGUGCGUACUACAAAGUCCUUAUAGCCAAUGCAGCCAUCAGUGCCUUGAGGUUGCAUCAGAGACUGGGAAGGGUGCAACUUUCCAGGCAAUUUUUAGCGGAACUGAUUCAAGAGGACAGCGCCCACUACUUGUUUUAUUCUUUGAUUUUCCUUUAUGUAGCACCUGCCACAUUGGUUCUUAUUCCAGUGCUACUUUUCGCAAUUCUCCAUGCUUCAAGUUAUUCUCUGACACUUUUAGAUACUUUAGGGCAAAAUUCCUGGUGGGGCUGCAGACUGUUAAUUUCAUUCGUCGAAUUCCAGUCGCUCAACAUUCUCAGACUGGUCUCUUUAAGUGAAAUCAUUUUAAUGCCCUACACUGUUAUUAUGGCCCUUUCGGGUAAAGCAGGACUUUUGACACCAUUCAUCUACUAUAACUUCCUGUCUCAAAGAUACGCAUCGAGGAGAAAUCCCUAUACGAGAAACAUGUUCCGUGAACUCAGAGUGAUGUUUGAAAAUUUGGCAAAGAAACCCAGAACGCCUGAAAUCAUUAGAACGGCUAUUUUAGGCAUUGUGGCUUUUGUGUGUAAACUUUCUCCGCAAACUGUGCAAGCCACACCUCAGCAGCAACAGUAAAAAUUCGAAUUUAUUUUAGUUAGAGGUUUUGGUAUUUUUAUCAAUAAACUCUCGAGUGUCUACACUAUUUUUUUAAUAUUAUUUUUAAGUUAAGGUGGUUGUUUAGAUUUUUUAUAAGUGUUUUGAUGUAGUUUAAACAAAGUGUGGGCAUGGUAAUUUGUAUAUAAAUAUAUAAUAAAAUAGAAAUUUGUUUUAAUAUUAUAAUAUUUAUAUGUGCACUUUAUUGUCAUUCCAUUGUGUAUUAUUUUUUUUUUUUGUAGUUUUUAAGUUUUUUAACAAAAUUUAAUAUACUAUUGUUUAAUCAAAAAUGCUUUAUCUAUUAAUUAAUUUUUAUUUUAUAAAAUAAAUAUUGUUUUGCAACAUUGCAACAACAAAAACAGUAUUUAACAACAAAUAAUUGGUAUUCUGUUUAUUAAAACUACAAGUUUAAUUUAUCACUUGUAAACACAUACAAUUUUUUUUACAGUCAACACAGGCAUUCUUGAUAAUAUUUUUAAAUAAAUAAAAUAAAUAAAAAUAGUAACAUUGGUUUAUAAUUUUCUUUUAAUAAGUCAGUCGUUAGGUUAAAAUGUCUUUGAAAAUAACUGCAGUUACUUUCCAAAACAUUUCAUUUCCUCACAUUUGUUCAUAAAUACAGGCAUUCCAUUUACGAAAUAAAAUAAUCUUAAUAAACUUCAUUACAUUCUAAAUAACCCAUUUCGCAAUUGUCACCAGAUCUGCCUCGUCUGCCUGCCUCGUAAAGCAUAUCGAAGGUGGUUUGUGUAGUUGAUUUGUCCAAAACAAAACUGGC